AUGCAAGUUUAUAUCCAUACCCAUGAUAACCAGAUCCACCACAGGGUAUUCUCUCACAACGACCCAAUCCAGCUUGUUAGAGAUACAGUUUCCUGCCAAACACCAUCUGUUUUGUUGUACAACAACACCGUCCUCGUUCCAACAAUGCCAUUUGGUUUCUAUAACAUUCAAAAUGGUUCCCACAUCUUUAUCAUCCCAAAGAUCAACACACAGCCUGCUGAACCAAGGAGACAACCACAAUUCUCCCCCAAGGCAAUCGAAGAUAUUAAGAGAGAAGCUGAGAGAAUAAAAGAUGUCAUGUACUCGAAGAUUGAUAACACACCUCAAUACUUCGGUAAGAUCGUCAAAAGAUUCAAUGGCAUCAAGAGAACCGAGAAGCUUGAAGAACAGAAAGUCUCUCUCGUCGUUCCAUCCCAGCUUUCAAAGCCAUCAGAUUGCGCAUUACCAAAGUUCUGGUAA